UUCUGUUCAUUCACUAAAACACACAUACACGUGAAAACAGAAAGUUAUACACAAAGGAAAGUCUCCUCCUCCUUGUAGCUCAGAGCUCUCCUUUCACUUGAUCCAGCCCUUCUCAUCUCUACUAGCAGUAGGAGUCAUGUCUUCAUCUUUAACAGGAACUGAAAGAGGAACAGAAUCAGCUUGGACUCAGCCAUUGUCUGAUAAGGUGACCACGCCCACAACACUCCCAGCGUCUCUCCCCAAGUUACCGUUAGCUCAGUACAGGUACGGUCGUGAGGAGAUGCUCCUCUUCUACACUGGGGAGGUUCCUUUCCCAAAGGACAUGAGUGUGAUACAUGCUUUGGCUCGGAACGACACCAUAGCCCCUCUUGCAAUUAGUCCACUAUCGCCACAAGAACAGAACGUUUUGAGCGGACGUGUUAAUUCUGAUAGUAGUUAUUCCGUGCGUGGGCGGGGUGGGUACUCGGGGAGAGGGAGAGGUGGGCGGGGUAGAGGAGGAGGACGACCGGAUUAUCUUCGUAACUUGAGCAGCAGCGGAGGAGGAGGAGGAGGGGGAGGGGAGGAGUCUCAGAGAACAGGCUAUCAUCGAUCAAACAGCGAAUCUGAAAAACCCGAUGACAUGAUUAGAGGUAGCCGUGCUUCUCAGGAUACUAACUGGAGGUUGUCUAGUCAGCAAAAAGAGGUGGCGUGGGUUGGGAAGUCGUGGAGUAGCUCGACGAGUCCAGUGAAACCAGUGAAGGAGAACCCGUGGGAGGGAGGGGGAGGAGGGAGGGGCAAGAAACACUGGCAGGCUGUACCUGACUGGGCCACUGACGAUGCUAACAAGCAACAAGAAACAGUCGCUGAAACUCCUGACGAAGAGACAAAGAAGGAGGAGCAAGAUCUUAAUGAAGAUGUGUUUGAGCCGGUUGCUAUUGACAACGAAACCACACCCAUCACAAUACCUAAAGAACCAGAUCGCAUCACGUCGACUGAUUCUGUGGAGGAAAUGGAGAGAAGAUUUGAAAAAGUUGCUGAGGCUAUAAUUUCAACGGAAGAUGAGGACACACCCUCUCAGUCACCCAACCCCUCCCACUGUCCAUUGCCGUUAACAAACAAUGCAGAUAUCAACCAGUGGUAUUACCAGGACCCUCAGGGAGACACUCAAGGUCCUUUCUCAAGCAGUGAGAUGUGUAACUGGUAUCAAGCAGGGUAUUUCACUUUGAGUCUUCACGUUAAAAGAGGCUGUGACAUGAUGAUGCUACCAUUAGGUCAGAUUGUUAGGAUUUGGGGCCGUAACCCUUUUGUUCCGGGACCACACCCACCCCCUCUUCAGCACUCAGAGCCAUACUGGCAGCAGAUUUUAAACCAAACCCAACUGUUUCCAGAGAUACCGUCAAAGCCACACCCACAACAGCCUAAACAGCCGUCUCAGGAUUUCACCAGCCCAAUAUGGGGUGUGUUAUCGUCAAAGGAUAUUGUUGCAGAGGAAACGGUUGCCAAGGAGAUAACGUCUGGUGAGGAUCAGUGGCCUGACUUGGGUAAUGUUGUAGGAGGUGGACUGAGCAACGAAGAGGAAAGAAAAGAGAAAGCUCGGAGGGAGGAGGAGGCCAGAUUGUUAGCUGUAGAGGAGGAGAGAAAGAGGCUCUAUGAAGAAGAGCAGAGACGACUGAAAGAGGAGGAGGAGGAGGAAAGGAAACGGAGAGCAAUGGAAGAGAAGAGAAGAGAAGAAGCAGCAGCUGCAGCCGAGAGACAACGAAUAAGAGAAGAAGAGGAACGGAGGGAGGAGGAAAGAAAGAGACAGAUAAGAGAGGAAGAAUUGAAGAGGAAAGUGAUGGAGGAGGAGAGAAAGAGAAAGGAAAGAGAGGAGAGACAGCAGAGGGAACUCCAACAGAGAUUACAAUUGGAGGAAGGAGGAGGUACAGAGGCCACACCUACAGUGCCACGCCCUUCGUUACUUGACAUUCAGAGAGAGGAGGAAAUUGCUUAUAAGCAAGAAAUGGAGUCUCGGGAACAAGAACUAUCAGAAGCUCAAAAAGAGUUCUUAAAACAAGAGGCAACGAAAUCGACGCAUUGCUGGAACAAACAGCCAACAGCACCCAAAGCACCUGCUACUAAUAGCAACAGUAUAAAGAACAAGUCAUCUUUUCUUGCCAUACAGCAGGAACAGAAACAAUUAGAGGCUUCUACUACUGAUCCUGUGGGCGGGGCCAACUCAUUUAGCUCCACCCAUAAGGCAACGACGCCCAUCGGGGGAGCUUCUUGGAGUAAAAUAACCGCUGGAAAUAGACCCCAGAACCCUCCCUGGGGGUCCAAUCAUUCUUCAGUUCAGCCGAUAUCUCCAGCUUAUAGCCCACGGCCACUUUUAGCGACGCCUCUUUUGCCAACUAGCGGAGGAAAUAGUUCUUCAUUUUGGGAGGAGUGUGCCCUUGACAGCAUGAGGGGAAAGAGGAGCGAAGUGAAGGGUAGAGGAAGAGAGAAACAAGGUAAUAAUGGAAGCAGUGGAUCCGUAGGCGGGAUGAUGAACAGGAGUAAUAGUAAAGAAGAGGAGAGAGUGAGGCAAUUGUUUACAGGUGCUUCUCCUGAUGAGGCAUUUACUGACUGGUGUAAGAGAGAGCUGGAUAAAUACAACAGUGAUGUUGAUGCUGUUACUUUUGUUAGCCUGUUGCUUGAGGUGGAGUCAACUUAUGAAGUUCAUGAUUAUAUAAAAUCAUUUCUUGGUGAGACGGAUGAAGUCCAUUCAUUUGCUAAGGAGUUUUUAGAAAGAAGACAAAAAAUACGAAACUAUAAGCAGACAAAAACUCAACAACAAAGUAAGAAACCGUCAGCUGGUUCUACAGGAGGAGGGGAAGCUCACAGUGGAGGAGGAGGGGGAGGGUCUUCCACUCGUAGUUCUAAAAAGAAGAAAAAGGGAGGGGGAGGAGGAGCAGGUGGGAAAAUGCAAAAGGUCUCCGCCUCUAGCCUCCUUGGGUUCACUGUGAAUGCAGCUGAAAGACCAAACGCCGGAGAGAUACAAUCUGCCAAGGACGCUCUGUGACAAUAAUAAUGAUAACAAAUAAUAAUAAUAAUAAUAAUAACAAAUUUA